AUGCGCUUCUCCCGCCUCCCGAAACGCCAGGCGCAAGUUUCGGCUGAAAACAACAACACCACCGACGCCCUCUCCAUCGAAGCUCACGAAGUCGACGCGAAGGACAAGGAUAGCGGCGACACUGAAAAGAAGGCCCCGAACCCCGCCUCGCUGCCCGAUAGCGACAUGCCGAACCCCGCCCCGCCCGGCCCCGGCUUUGGCAAGCUGGGGGACGUGGACUACGACCUUCGCGAUGUCGACUCGUCCGCGUCGCGCGGCGACGGUGGUGCUGCCGCCGCCGCCCCUGAUUACGACGGCAGCGUCAUCGAGGGGACGACGACGGUCGAGUACCGCACGUAUAAGCGCCGUUGGUUCGGCCUGGCGCAGCUGACCCUGCUCAACAUCAUCGUGUCCUGGGAUUGGCUCACCUUCGCCCCGGUCGCCUCCAUCGCCGCGGACUACUACGACGUCUCCGAGUCGGCCAUCAACUGGCUCUCGACCGCCUUUCUCUUCUCCUUCGUCGCCGUCUUCCCCGUCACGAUCCGCAUCCUCCACCUGGGGCCCAAGCCCGCCUUCAUGACGGCCGGUGCCCUGAUCCUCGUAGGCAACUGGGUUCGGUACGGCGGGUCGCACGCCCGGGGCGGCGGCAGCUACGGCGUUGUCAUGUUCGGCCAGAUCCUCACCGGCCUCGCCCAGCCCUUUGUGCUGGCCGCCCCGACGAGGUACUCGGACCUGUGGUUCACCGACCGCGGCCGCGUCGCCGCCACGGCCCUGACCUCCCUCGCGAACCCGCUCGGCGCCGCCCUCGGCCAGCUCAUCGUGCCCUUCUGGGUCACGUCCCCGGGCGACAUGUCCUCCGGCGUGCUCUGGGUCGCCGUCAUCUCCACCGUCGCCGCCCUCCCGGCCUUCUUCAUCCCCGCCCGCCCCCCGACCCCCGUCGCCCCCUCGUCCCAGACCGCCAAGCUAGGCAUCCGCGAGUCCGUCGCCGCCGUCGGCCGCUCCCUCGAGCUGUGGCUCGUCAUGAUCCCCUACGCCGUCUACGUCGGCCUCUUCAACUCCAUCUCGUCGCUGCUCAACCAGAUGAUGGGACCUUACGGCUUCUCCGACGAGGACGCCGGCAUCGCCGGCGCCCUGCUCAUCGUCGUCGGCCUCGUCUUCUCGGCCAUCACAUCGCCCAUCCUCGACCGCACCAAAAAGUUCCUGCCGGCCGUCAAGGUCGCCGUCCCCAUCAUCGGGCUGUGCUACCUCGCCUUCGUCUGGAUGCCCGAGACCCGCACCGUCGCGGGCCCUUACGUCGUGCUCGCUGUCCUCGGCGCCUCCUCCUUCGCCCUCGUCCCCGUCGCCCUCGAGCUGCUCAUCGAGCUGAGCCACCCCGUCAGCCCCGAGGUCACGAGCACCAUCGCCUGGGCUGGCGGCCAGGCCCUCGGCGCCGUCUUCAUCAUCAUCUCGGACGCGCUGCAGGCCGAUGCCGCCGCUGACCCGCCCAGGAACAUGAAGAACGCCCUCAUCUUCCAGGCCGUCAUCGCCAUGGUCACCGUCCCGCUACCGCUUUGUCUCGGCCUGUUCGGCCGGGCCGACAAGGUCAGCCUGAGGCGCGUCAGGUCCGACACCCGAAGAGCCCAGCAGGAGAACCCGUAA